AUGGCCGCCACGUACAAGCAGUUUUUAACUGCCCCCAACUCGUCGGUGCUCGCGCCGAACGCGACCCUAUACUACAUCACCACGACCACCACUUAUAGUGGCCCUACCGAGAUCAUCAAGCAUCUUAACACCCUGCGCAACCAGGUCAAGAAGAAGAAGGAGGAGGUCCUGGAUAUCGUCGAGGGUCGCGAUGCUAUCGCCGUUGAGGUAGACACCACCCUGGAGUUUGUCACCAGCGGAGGCGCCUACCUGCCCGGCCUUGAUGACAACUUCCUGGCUGACCGAACUGUCUACCUUCCUAUUAUGCACGUUGUGAACUUCGACAGCGAUGGCAGAAUCACACAGAUCAGGCAGACUUGGGACCAGGGCGCCCUUUUGAAGCAGUGCGACAUCAUUGGGAAAUCGGGCCGCAACUGGCCUAUUCGGGACAGCACCGAGCAAAUCAAGCUCAUCACCAAGGGCCUGAAGGCUAGUGGCAAGGCCGACACAGCUCCUGACGCCAACGAGCUGAUCAGCCGCUCCCGCGGCAGCUCGACCAACGUGCUCCGCGACCCGCACGCCUCUCUCUCCUUGUUCGCGCCCAGAGAGCAACAGGCCGAAGAAAGCCCCCGAGCGGUCGUAUCACCUUAUGCGGGUACUCGACCGCAGCAACGGUCCUUCACGGAUAUCCUGGGCAAUGUCGACCCGGAGGAGCCCGGCUCUCCCAGCGCAGGGCGCGAGCGCGACGAAUCGCCCAGCAAGGCCAUCGCUCCCAAGAUCGGCGCCGGAAAGAACUUCCAGCCCAGUCGCUUGUUCGACGCUGACGAGCACGCCCAUGUGCCCGACAGCCCCGAACAGCAAAAGUCCCCCGAGAAGUUCUACCGACCGAACCCCAAGAAGUUCCAGCACUUCGACUUCGCCGACGGCUCGGACCCGCAAGACACUCCCAAGCCUGCCGAGGGCCGUCCCAAGGCCAGCAAGCAUGAUAGCAGUUGGUCUUUCGACGACUUUGUAACCCCGCAAAAGAUCAAGCCCGGCAAGACGCAGCGCGCCCAGGAUGUUCGUCACUGGGAUACCGACAUCAACAACUCGGCGAUCAAGGAGACCCCGGUGGCGCGGGCAGGCCAAGUGAAGGGCCGUCGUGACGCCGAAGCGCAUUUCGACUUCGAAGACGACGGCCCGGCGGUCACGCCCCGACCGCCAGGACGCCCCAAGGGUACUGGACACAACACCGGCCUCCACCUGUACGAGAACAACUUGUACAGUGAAGACGGAAAGCCUCUUCCUGCCGACCCGGACCGUGCUCUGGGCAACAUCACGAAUCUGAACCACCGUCAGAAGGACUUUGAUCCCCAUUUCGCCAUGACGGAUGACUCGCCAAGCCAGACUGGUCAGCAGGGACGGCCGGCGGUCAGCGACUCUCGCAAGAAGGCGGUUACCCAGAUGAACUCCAACUGGGACUCCUACGACCAGUCUCCCGCAUCGCAGAAGGAGAACAGGCCUGAGGCGCAGAAGGGCCCCGGCAGUGGCAUUCACAUUGCUGGAGACGGCAUGGGCUCGAAGAAGACUAGAGACGACAAGGAUGCCGAGUCGAAGGGUAUCCACAUUGCUGGUGACGGCAUGGGCGGCAAGAAGGGUGCCAACCGAAACUGGCUCUACGGCGACGUCGACGAGCCCGAGGAACCUGUCAGGGCCAUUCCGCCCAAGGGCUCGGGCAUGACGGCGGCCCAGAAGAGCUUCUGGGACUUCUAG